CGGAGGUCCUCCAACAACAGCCGGAGGUCCUCCAAGAGGCCGCGGUCGCCCGAGGUGCUGUGGUCCUCCAACACCACGCAGUCCUCCAAGGAGCCGUGGUACCCCCGGAAGCUGAGGUCCUCCAAGACUCUAUGGUCAGCCAGGGGUCUGUGGUCCUCCAAGGCUCCGUGGUCCUCCAGCACCCUACUGUCCUCCGAGACUCCGUGCUCAACCGAGGGUCCAUGGUCCUCCAAGACCCCGUGGUCCACCUGGAGACAGAGGUCCCCCAAGACUCUAUGGUCCGCCAGGACCCCAAUGUCAACCAAGACGUCGUCGUCCUCCAAGACUCUAUGGUCAGCCGGGGGUCCGUGGUCCUCCAAGGCCCUGUGGUCCUCCAACACCCCGCGGUCCAGCUGGAGGCAGAGGUCAACCGAAGGUCCGUGGUCCUCCAAGACCCCACGGUCCUCCAAGAUCUCAAUGGCAGCCGAGACUCCGUGGUCCUCCAAGACUCCGUGCUCAGCCGAGGCUCCGCGGUCCUCCAAGACCCCGCGAUCCACCUGGAGACAGAGGUCCUCCAACACCCCUCGCUCCUCCCCUCCCCCGUGAGCCCCCCGGAGCCCGACCCCCUCCAGGGUCCCACCGCCGCCCCCGGCCCUGUGAUCGACCGACGCUCUGUGACCCCCCAGCGUUUCGUCCCCGCAGACCUGGAGGACCCCACAGCCCUCGGGGACGCAGAGGGCCGCCGGGACUCUAUGGUCAGCUGCGGCCCCACAGAUCAGCAGGAGCUGAAGACCCCCCACGACUCCACGGCCCCUCUGGAUCUGGAGGUCCUCCAGAACUCUGUGUCCAACUGCCGCCCCACAGCCCCUCUAGGCCCCGAGGCUCAGCCCAACUCUAUGGUUGACCGUGACACAACGGAACACCUUGACUUGAAGGCCCACCACGACUCUACGGCCAAUCACGACCCAACAGCCGCUCUAGGCCUCAAGGUCCUCCACAGCUCUGUGGCCAGCUGCAGCCCCACGGCCACUGUAGACCUCAGUGCCCACUGUGACUCUGUGAUUAACCGUGACCCAACGGCUGCUCUAGGCCUCAAGGUCCCCCAGAACUCUAUGAUCAACUGCAGCCCCACGGCCACUCUAGGCCCCAAGGCCCACUGUGACUCUAUGGCCAACUGCGACCCAACGGACACUCUAGGCCCCAACGCCCACCACGACUCUACGGUCAAACGCAGCCCCGUGACUCCUCUAGUCCCAAAGGCCCACUGUGACUCUACGGCCAACCAUGACCCAACGGCUGCUCUAGGCCUCAAGGUCCUCCAGAACUCUGUGGUCAACGGCAGCCCCAUGGCCACUCUAGGCCUGAAGACCCACCAAGACUCCAUGGUCCACCACAGCUCCACGGCCGCUCAAGGCCUCAGUGCCCACCGAGACUCUAUGAUCAACCACAACCCAGUGGCCGCUCUAAGCCCAAAGUCCCACUGCGACUCUAUGGCCAACCAUGACCCAGUGGCCACUCUAGGCCCCAGUACUUGCAGUGACUCUAUGGUCAGUUGCAGCCCCAUGGCCACUCUAGGCCCAAAGACCCCCCACAACUCUAUGACCAACCACGACACACUGUCCACUCUAGGCCCGAAGACCCCCCGCAACUCUAUGACCCACCACAGCCCUAUGGCCACUCUAGGCCCGAAGACCCCCCGCAACUCUAUGACCCACCACAGCCCUAUGGCCACUCUAGGCCCGAAGACCCCCCGCAACUCUAUGACCCACCACAGCCCUAUGGCCACUCUAGGCCCAAAGACCCCCCGCAACUCUAUGACCCAGCACAGCUCUCCGGCCGCUCUCUGCCCGGCUCGUCCCCCCGCUGCCCCGCGCCGCCGCCUGCCGGCGUUGGCCAUCCUCGCCCUGUGCGCCCUGCUGUGCCCUGCCGGCACCUCGGCCUCAGCCCUGCACUUCCCGGGGACGCCGGGGCAGUGGGUUCGCUACGGCCGCUGGGGAUCCGGGGCUCGUUUGAGCUUCAGCCUGAAGACCAACGUCAGCCGGGCGCUGCUGCUCUACAUGGACGACGGCGGCAACUGCGACUUCCUGGAGCUGCUGGUGGCCGAAGGGAGGCUGAGGCUGCGUUUCGCCAUCGCCUGCGCAGAGCCGGCCGUCGUGGCGUCGGCGUCGGCGGUGAACGACGGGCGCUGGCAUUCGGUGGCGCUGAGCCGCAGAGGGAGAGAAGCGGCGCUGGCGGUGGACGGGGAGACGGCGGCGGCGGCGGUGAGGUCCAAAAGGGCCGAGAUGGCGGUGGGCAGCGACCUGUUUGUGGGGGGGAGCCCCCCCGACGUCCGUCUGUCCGCUCUGACGCUCAGCACCGUCAAAUACGAAGCGCCGUUCCGGGGUUGGGUGGCUGAAUUGAGGGUGGGCGAGGAGCCGGCAGUGCUGCUGGGGGCUCAGGGGGCGCGAGGGGACAACGGCCGCCACCAGGAGGAGGACGAGGAGGAGGAAGAGGAGGACGAAGAGCGGCGGCGCUGCGCCCAGCAUCCACCCUGCGCUCAUGGAGGGCGAUGCGCCCUGAGGAGAGGGGAGCCACAGUGCGACUGCGCCGGCACCGGGCACAGCGGGCCCUUCUGCGGGGAAG